AAGGCUCUGAAUAAUGCCACUGAAGCUCCACAUAAACAAUGCUUUGGAAGUUUUAUGAUGAUUCGUAUCAACCAGAAAUUUUUUAGAACAUUUUAUCACAUUAAUCGAACUAUAGGACGAUAUAAAUGCUUUUAUAUUCCACAGUUCAAAGGGGAUACUAUGUUUACGAAUGAUGAUCUCACUAAAUUACUAAAUAUUAAUAUGGAUAGGAAUAUGGUAUUCAAAAUUUCAUCAUUAUAUAACAUGCCAAAAGGAUUUGAAAAAUUUAUGCGAGAAAAAUUGAAAAAAACUUUUGAGAAGAUCAAAAAAGACAUGGAAGAGAUCGAAGGAGAAUUGGAAAGUGAUAAAAAUAGUAAAAGUGAAUUUGAAAAUUUGAAUCAAAAGAAGAGAAAGGAAGCACUGGAAUCAACAAAAAAACGAAUUGACCAACCCACAAAUCCUGAUUCUUCAGGCAGCAGUGGUUCAUUUGACUGGCAACUGACUUCUUUUAGGGAUUUCAAAAUGUCAGAUAAAGAUAAAGGUUUUGUAUUCGUUGCCACUGUUGGCUUUUUGCUUGCAUUAUAUUUGUCAAAUAGUUAUGAAGAAGUAUCGUGGAAAAAAUUUUACUCAGAUUUUCUUGAGAAAGGAAAUGUCGAGCGUUUGGAAGUGGUGAACAAUCGGUGGGUACGCAUAAUACCUACACAGUACUCGACUUCGGGUACAAUAUAUUAUUUUAAUAUUGGAAGCGUGGACAGUUUUGAACGUUCAAUAACUGCGGCUCAGCAUCAUUUAGGAAUCGACAUUGAGAACCAUGUUCCUGUGUUUUACAAAAAUGAGUUUGAAUUUUGGCAUCAGUUGCCGAAUAUUAUUCAGUUUCUUAUACCUGUUCUGAUCUUUGGCCCAUUUUUAUAUUCAGUGUUCAAGGCUCGAGGUGUUGGCGGGUCAGGAAAUGACAGAAUUUAUAGAGCGUGA